AUGAGUAGCUUACGAUUCCUCGAUCUGGUCAAGCCGUUCGUGCCGUUCCUCCCCGAGGUUCAGCAGCCGGAGACCAAGGUCCCCUUCAACCAGAAGUUGAUGUGGACCGGUCUGACUCUCCUGGUCUUCUUGAUCAUGAGCCAGAUGCCUCUGUACGGCAUUGUCUCCUCGGACACGUCCGAUCCCCUAUAUUGGCUGCGUAUGAUGAUGGCGAGUAACCGUGGAACGCUGAUGGAGCUCGGUAUUACUCCCAUCAUCUCGUCUGGUAUGGUCUUCCAGCUCCUGGCUGGCACCCACAUGAUCGACGUCAACCUCGACCUCAAGUCCGACCGCGAGCUCUACCAGAGCGCUCAGAAGCUCUUUGCUGUCAUCCUGUCCAUUGGCACCGCCACUGUCUACGUCUUCACUGGUCUCUACGGCCCCCCCUCCAGCCUGGGCGCUGGCAUCGUCUGCCUGCUUAUCCUUCAGCUCGUCGCUGCCGGCAUGAUUGUCAUCCUGCUCGAUGAGCUGCUGCAGAAGGGCUACGGCCUGGGCAGCGGUAUCUCGCUGUUCAUUGCCACCAACAUCUGCGAGUCGAUCAUGUGGAAGGCCUUCUCUCCCACCAGCAUCAACACUGGCCGUGGUCCCGAGUACGAGGGUGCCGUCAUUGCCCUCUUCCACCUGCUCAUGACCUGGCCCAACAAGCAGCGGGCUCUCCAGGAGGCUUUCUACCGACAGAACCUGCCCAACAUCAUGAACCUGCUGGCGACUCUGAUUGUCUUCGCCGCUGUCAUCUACCUGCAGGGCUUCCGCGUUGAGAUCCCCGUCAAGUCGUCCCGCCAGCGUGGUGCCCGUGGCUCCUACCCUGUGCGCCUGUUCUACACCUCCAACAUGCCCAUUAUGCUGCAGUCGGCCCUGUCCUCCAACAUCUUCCUGAUCUCUCAGAUGCUCUACUCGCGCUUCUCCGAGAACCUUCUGGUCCGCCUCUUCGGUGUCUGGGAGGCCAAGGACGGUUCCGCCCAGCUGUCUGCCGUCUCUGGUCUGGUCUACUACAUGUCUCCUCCCCUCAACUUCAAGGACGCCCUGCUCGACCCCAUCCACACCGCUGUCUACAUCGCCUACAUGCUCACUGCGUGCGCCAUCUUCUCCAAGACCUGGAUCGAGGUUUCCGGCUCGAGCCCUCGCGAUGUCGCCAAGCAGCUCAAGGACCAGGGUCUGGUCAUGGCUGGCCACCGUGACCAGAGCAUGUAUAAGGAGCUGAAGCGCAUCAUCCCCACGGCUGCUGCCUUCGGCGGUGCCUGCAUUGGUGCCCUCUCCGUCGCCAGCGACCUCAUGGGCGCCCUUGGCUCCGGAACCGGUACUCUGCUUGCCGUCACUAUUAUCUACGGAUACUUCGAGAUUGCUGCCAAGGAAGGCGAUCUCGCCGGUAUGAAGGGCAUGAUAAUGGGCUAA